UCAAAUAGCAGAUCUGGACUCGGAAUCUUCGUGUAGCCGCACAGUCUGCAAAGCAGACAGAACAACACACAGCGUCGCACCGAUGCCCUCGUCCCUCCCUCUCUCCCCUUCUCGCACCUCAAUCAACUGGUCGGAGCAAGCGUCCCUCAGAGAUGGUGAUGCUGCAGUUGGUGCGAUCAACAGUAUCUCGACAGCAGCUGGCACGUCGGACCGUCCCUCACCAGGCCCUGCACUCAGACAGAUCAACGUGGGAUGCGCACCUCAGUGGGCCGUAGGCAGAGAGAUGAUCUGCAGUCAGAUCUUUUCAGAUUUCUCUUGCAUGACGGCCUACCUGGAAUGCCUCCGCGCUGACAAUCCGCGAAUCGGGCUGACACUUCAGCACGGUCGUCGUCUUUCUCAGACGGAAGGCGUCCGGUCAGACAAAACGGUCGAUCACGGUCGAACUAAAAAAACAAAGGGUCAUUCCACACCAGUGCUGUGCUGGCACCCCCACUACUCACCCAGCACGUUGAAACCUCGGAACAAAAGGGAGGGAGUUGACACCAUGGGUCGUUCCCGCUUGGCUGCCUAGGGUAAUCCUUGAAACCGCUGCAUGCUGCGGAUCUUUGCUGCGGAUCUCUCUCUUGAGCGUCGAGAGCGAAGACUGUAAAGAUCAAGAUGACAAGUGGAAAGAAGAGGCAGAGAAGGUGUUUCUUCUGGCAUCACAAGAACAAACACAUUAGGAAGGAGGCAACUGAUGCAUGUUGCUGGAAUGGUACGUAUGUGUGUGGAUAUAUUGUGCAGAUGAAGAUGGAGGUCCAGCUCCAGAUGUCAAGGUGCCUGUGCGUCAUCCCUGUCGUGUGCCACAUUGAGCGACGCACAACAUGGUGACCACUCCAGCACACGUUGUUGGUGUUGGUUUGUACAUGACAGGUUCUCACAUCACAUGCAGUGACAGCAACACACAACUCGGCAGCAGUGUUCGUCCAUGGCUGUCUGAUGCUGUGGCUUUUCAAGCUUUGUGGAGGGUGAGAGGAAGUACAUCACGCAUCGUGUUCGACGUGGACAUCUCGCAUCGUGUUUGUCUUUGUGGAUCUGUGUCACGAGUUCCGCCUAUCCCUCCGACAAGGUAGGUACGAAGAGGAAGGUAGAGCAGACAGACAGGAGGACGUUGACAUGGAGUGAAUAGAUGUGUAUCGACCGUCUGCCGCACACACAACCGACCUGUAUGUGGGUGUUCCCGCAACCCAGUGACCACCGCCUCCGCGUGUGUGCGCAGCUGACGUUUGUGUCCAUUGUAUGUGAGCACAAAGUGUUUGUUAUGCUCGUCUAGGGUGCGCUCGCACUUGUCGGCCGCCAGUCGUCUGCACCACACACGCACACACACACACACACACACACACAGAGAGAGAGAGAGAGAGAGUGUGUGCGUGUGUGCGUGUGUGGGCAUCUCAUCGUGCCCAUCUGUAUUUCGAUGGAUGUAUUGCGUGUCCGUCGAUGGGUGCGUACGACUGCCCGCCUGCCUGCCUGCCUGGAUGGAUGGAUGUGUGUGUGUGUGUAUGGAUGGGUAUGGGAGGAGAAGUGAGCCCUCACAUGACAUGAGUGGCGCUGUCUGUAGCCAUUAAUGGUGCAGCGUGUCAUUGGAGCAGUCGAAGUGCUGCAAGCUUAGACGUAUUGACUGUGUGUCCCUGCCUGUAUGCAUGCAUGUCUAUGGAUAUGUUUCAAUCCAUCCCAUCAUGCAUUAGUGUGGGUAUAUCAUUAGGUUCAAUCUGCAUUAUUGUGUCUGAUGCUGUGGCUUCGUGUGAGUUGGGAGAGGGCACAUACAUCCUUCACGCACAUACUUCACACGCAUACUCCAUGCACUCUCGGACUGACCGCGUGUCUCACUCGCCUGCCUGUCUCCAUAAGUGUAAUCCUACCGACUUCCUCCUUGCAGUUGACACGCCCGCUCCUUUUUCAUGCAUUGCGGACCUGACCAUAUGAGAUGAAACGAUGAUACCUCUCGACGGCCACUGGAGCCACUCGUGCCAGUCACCAUCCAUCGUACUGCCACUGCAAGCACCACUGCCGCCUUCCCCGCCCGAUUCGCGGCUCUAAGGGCUCCCGCUUGCGGGGGCCUUUAGUUGGAAUGGGAGAUAAAGCCGAAGGGACGCCUGUUUCAAGCUCGCACAGGCUAAGCUUGCUGAGGGCACGAGAAGGAAGAGGGAAGGGAGGAGAGGCAAACGGCGAUGCAUUGCUGCGUUCUCUUCUUUACUCUGUCGUGCAGGUCGUCUUGAGAAGAAGGGAGAGGACGGGCGUGUGAUAGACGCCUCCCCCGAGGCCACUCACGUUCAUAUGCGACUUAAUUCGGGCGGUGCAUG